UUCAUGUAGGUUGUAUAGCAGUCUCCGUCGACAGCUAGGACGUGUCACAUCCUCGUCAAAACAGACAACCCUGCUCCCUCAAACUAAAAGAAAGGCUUGUGACCUGACACAGUAGUAGCCACCAUGGCAGAAGCUCACCAGGCGGUGGCCUUUCAAUUCACCGUCACCCCUGAUGGCAUCGACCUACAGCUUUGCCACGAGGCUCUACGCCAGAUCUACCUCUCUGGCCUCCACUCCUGGAAGAAAAGGUUCAUUCGCUUCAAGAAUGGAGUAAUGACUGGUGUGUACCCAGGCAGUCCUGCUGGGUUCAUGGUAGUGGUCGGGUCGUACAUGUCCUACAAUAAAUAUAACCAGCUGGAUCCAUCUCUUGGGUUGUUUGCCAAGGUGGGCCAACACAUACCUAUCAGCCAAUAUAUAUCCACAGACAGCCAGAAGAUAGUUGGAGGAGUCCUGUUGGGCACUGGCCUGUGGGUGACCAUUAUCAUGGUCAUGAGGAAUGUCCUGAAGUGCCUGUUGUCAUGGCACGGCUGGAUGUACGCGCGCCAUGGCUCUGUGUCCUGGUCUACUCGUUUGUGGAUGGUAUUAGUGAAGGUCUUCUCUGGCAGGAAGCCAAUGCUCUACAGUUUCCAGAAUUCCUUGCCAAGGUUACCCGUCCCCUCUAUCAAGGACACAUGCAGAAGGUACCUGGAGUCAGUCCGCCCACUGAUGGAUGAUGACGAGUUUGAACAGGUGAAGGUACUGGCUAAAGACUUUGAGAAGAACCUAGGACCCAGACUGCAGUGGUACGUCAAACUCAAAUCCUGGUGGACCUCCAACUAUGUCAGUGACUGGUGGGAGGAGUAUAUCUACCUUAGAGGCCGUGGGCCCAUCAUGGUCAACAGCAACUAUUAUGCCAUGGAUUUCCUGUAUGUCCACCCCUCUUCCAUCCAGGCUGCCAGGGCAGGUAAUGCCAUUCAUGCUAUCAUGCUCUACAGGAGGAAACUGGACAGAGCCCAGGUCAAACCAAUAUACUUGCUGGCAAACAAGGUUCCUCUGUGUUCGGCUCAAUGGGAGCGGAUGUUUAACACCACCCGCGUCCCUGGUUUGGAGACAGACAUCCUGCAGCACAUGAACGAGAGCAAACACAUAGCUGUGUACCAUAAGGGCCGUUUCUUCAAGGUGUGGAUGUUUUAUGAUGGACGGCUGCUUUUGCCCCGGGAGAUAGAGCAGCAGAUGGAGAGGAUCUUGGCUGACACAUCUGAGCCCAUGCCAGGAGAGGAGAAACUAGCUGCACUUACUGCAGGGGAGAGGACCCCAUGGGCAAAGGGCCGCGAGACCUACUUCAGCCGUGGUAAGAAUAAGCAAGCACUGGAUGCCAUUGAGAAGGCAGCCUUCUUUGUAACCCUUGAUGACACUGAGCAGCGUUUCGAUGAAGCCCAACCAGUCAAGUCUCUGGACAGUUAUGCCAAGUCCCUUCUCCAUGGAAAGUGCUAUGACAGAUGGUUUGAUAAAUCCUUUAACCUGAUAGUUUUCAAGAACGGCACCAUGGGACUGAACGCUGAGCAUUCCUGGGCCGAUGCUCCAAUUAUUGGCCAUCUGUGGGAGCAUGUACUUUCCAUGGACCCUUUUAAACUGGGAUACACUGAGAGUGGUCACUGCUGUGGGGAGCCCCACCCCAACCUCCCUGGUCCCCAGAGGCUGCAGUGGGACAUCACUGCUGAGUGCCAGGAGGUUAUUGAGAGCUCUCUGACAGUAGCCAGGGCUCUGGCUGAUGAUGUGGACUCUCACAUUUUCCCCUUCGGCGACUUUGGCAAGGGUCUGAUCAAGAAGUGCCGCACUAGUCCCGAUGCAUUCAUUCAGAUCGCCCUACAGCUGGCCCAUUUCAGGGACAAAAAGAAGUUCUGCCUCACAUACGAAGCCUCCAUGACACGUUUGUUCCGUGAGGGCCGAACAGAAACAGUUCGCUCCUGUACCGUGGAGACCUGUGACUUCGUCCGUUCCAUGCUCAGAGAUGAAACGAGAGAAGAGCGUAUGAAGUUGCUCAAAUUGGCAGCAGAAAAGCACCAAAACAUGUACCGCCUGGCUAUGACGGGGAAGGGCAUCGAUCGCCAUCUUUUCUGUCUUUAUGUUGUUUCCAAAUACCUUGGAGAAGACUCACCCUUCCUCAAAAAGGUCCUUUCUGAGCCGUGGAGGCUAUCCACCAGUCAGACUCCUCUGCAGCAGGUCGAGCUGUUCGACCUGGUCAAACACCCAGAAUAUGUGUCCUCCGGAGGUGGAUUCGGCCCAGUGGCUGAUGAUGGUUAUGGCGUCUCCUACAUCAUUGUUGGUGAGGACCUCAUCAACUUCCACAUCUCCAGCAAACACUCAAGUCCAGAAACUGACUCCCACCGUUUUGGUGGCAACAUCAGACAGGCCAUGCUGGAUAUACUUGGUCUCUUCCAGCUCGACAACAAAGCCAAGUGAUCGUCCUCAACCUCAUUGGGUGGAAUGAAAAUAAGAAGUUGUUUUUAACAAGGCGUGUAUUCUUCCUGAAGCUUGUACAGAAUCAAAUGUUGGGUUAGGGAUUAUUUUUAAGUUAAUUGACGUUACAGAAAUAAGGAUGAUUGAGAGGUAUUAGGAAAUACAGCUGUCAUUAUGUUUGUUAGGUGUUUAUGUGUACUGUAUGUAAUGGCAAGGUGAGAUUCUGGUGGUAUUUGGUACAGGUAGUGCAAAGAUUAAAGUGUUUAUUUACAGGA